AUCCUAGCUUUACAACAUAACUGUUGCACGGAAAACGUUUAAUAUUACUCAACUUCUCGAGGGUCUUAAAGAAUUGAAUAAAAUGUUGUUCACGCCAACGGGAUUUAGUGAAUGUUUACGCGAAUGGGAUGAUUUAGAGAAAGACUACCAACAAAUUCAGGACACUGAUCGUCUUUAUAGACAGAAGCUCGAGGAAGUGAACAAACUGCAAAACAGCUGCUCUGGUGCAAUCACACGUCAGAGGAAGAAACUCAAAGAGCUCACAUCCUCGUUAGAACAAUGCAAACAACACAGUCCAGCAGCCCUGUUGAGUCCAGAAGACGUGGACACCAUCGCGGGAAUCGAAGACUCCAUUAAAGAAAGAACAAAUGCUUUUUGUGAGAUGGAAGCUUUUCUGCCAAAGAAGAACGGGUUGUACCUGAGUCUUGUUUUAGGAAACAUCAACGUCACACUCCUCAACAAACAGUCCAAAUUUGCCUACAAAGAUGAAUAUGAAAAGUUUAAGCUGGUCCUCACGGUCAUCAUCUUCGUGUUCUCCUUCACCUGUCGCUUUCUGCUCAGCUACAGAGUCCUCGAUGCCCUGUUCAACUUCCUUUUGGUGUGGUACUACUGCACGCUCACCAUCAGGGAGAGCAUCCUCAUCUCAAACGGCUCAAGGAUCAGAGGUUGGUGGGUUUUUCAUCACUACGUGUCAACCUUCCUGUCCGGCGUCAUGCUCACGUGGCCAGAGGGCGCUCUCUACCAGAUGUUCAGGAACCAGUUCCUGUCAUAUUGUCUCUAUCAAAGCUUCGUCCAGUUUCUUCAGUACUACUACCAGAGUGGCUGCUUGUACAGACUGCGAGCGCUCGGAGAAAGACACAACAUGGACCUGACAGUGGAGGGUUUCCAGUCUUGGAUGUGGAGAGGUUUGACCUUCCUCCUUCCCUUCCUGUUCUUUGGUCAUUUCUGGCAGCUUUACAACAGCGUAACACUCUUCAAGAUGUUUCAGCUGCCGGAGUGCAAAGAGUGGCAGGUCGCGAUGUGCGGCUGCUCUUACUUAGCGCUCUUCAUGGGCAACUUCUUCACCACGCUGGGCGUGGUUUACCAGAAGUACAAGAACAACCAGGACAAGUGCAAGACCUUAUAAUCCUGGAACCGCGCGUUUCCUCGGGCUCUAACGUUGUUUUAUUUUAGAGUUCUUUUAUUCAUGUCGUGUCGUGUGUGUGUGUGUGUUUUCCUCAUGGAUCAUGUACAUGCACUGCUGCUUAUUUUACCUUGUGUAGAUGAUCACGUGGGUGAAACGAAGAGAUUUGGGUUUGGUUAUUCUCUGGAACAAGACACUUGUUUAUUCACUGUGGAGUUUCCCCUGCUGUGUUCCCCACAUGAACUUUAACCUAAGAUUAUGCUAAAUAAGCUGAAAUGAUUCUCCUGAAUGACUUCUGUGGACUUUUGCGGUCACACGUACGGUACAAUCCGAGGUGUGCGGAUAUUUCUGCCUGUUUUGGUCAGAGUUGUACAGCUUUAUUAAGAAAGACUUACUGGAAACAUUCAAACAAUAAUGUUUGAUGCAUCAUAUUUAUUCAGGGAAAUCUGUUUGUUUCUGAGCAACUGCUUUGUAAUGUGUGAAUAAAACACUCCACCAAAUAA